AUGGAAGUUUGCGACGAGUUUAUGGUCCAGGAGAUCUACCCCGACGGCACGGAGAUCUACAAGCAGCCUCUGACGAUGUCGGAGAACUUUGCUCGAAUCAUAAAUCGAAUUGAUUUCGAAAAACUCUCCGUCGCUCUGAACGAUCAAGGUGGUUCAAUUGCUGAGAAUGAGAAUAUCGAGGUGCCUGAAAUACCAAUCAAUGUGGCGUCUUUUAUUAAUCCAACCCAGAGAACGCCACUCUCAGGCACUUCGGCGCAAUUUGACUCGAUCAAGGCGAAGAUCAUGCAGGCGCUGACCAACGUCUCGGUUAUGCAUGACGUCAUUAAAGUGGGCAAAGAACAGGAGUACCUUGUCAUCGAUCGAGUGGCCAAAGAUGUGAACAAAAGCGAAGAAAAGCCCAUCACAGUGCUGGUUGCGAAGAAGAAGGGCCUUCUGCAAGCCGCUGCCAUCAUCUCCACUGCUUUCGAGCGGCUUCAGGCGGAGCAGAAUCAAGUGUCGCGAACUCGGGUCGACUUUCACGCGGAGCUACUCGCCAUGCGGCAAAGUUGGCGCCUUCGGAAGAAGGGCUCCACCAUUUUGGGUGAUCUAAGCUACCGAAGCGCCGGCUCAAUGUUCGCACAACCGGGCACCUUUGAGGUGGUCCGCAAUGAGAACCAAACGCCACAGAACCCUAGUGCCUUGCGCAUCAUCAUUCCAAAGUCCCUUGAAGGUGGCAACUUUUUCGUCGUUCGCACAAACAAGGACAGCAAAUCUCAGUUUAAAACGCUUUUUGAGCCGCUGAAGCUUCACAACCCACCCCCUUCUGCUGCCGCCGCCUCUGCAGCCGCCUCUUCUGAUCAGCCGUGGCAGGCGAAGCUGGAGAGCAUUCAAAACAUGCUCUUCAACAACGAACUCUUCAACCGCCUGGCACGAGAGUCCGUCCAGCUAAAGCUGCCCAUUCCCACUAUCGCCGCAGGAAAUCAAAUCAUCGCCUCACUAUUUCCUGGCCUGCAGCUGUCCAUAAAUCUGUGUCACACCUCUUCAUCCUCCUCCAGUGGUAGCAGUGGCAGUGCAGCCAGCUCAUUUGAAGCGCUCAGCGGAAACAACGCCGUUCUCGAGCACACCCUCCACCAGCUGCUCUACAAAAUACACUACCGAAAUCUGCACCACCCUCUGCCCCAUCCGGCGUCGGCUACGCUGGCCACCAACUCGGCGCGCUUCUUCUGCGGGCCCAGGGCGUACGACCGAGAGAUGCUCACCCAGCUGACGCACUCUGAGACCAUUCUUGAGCAGGUGAUUCAGCAGGGCCAGCACUCAAUGCUCCGCCUGCGCACCAUGUGUCUGAUUGACUCGCUGGCGAUUGAGGUGCAGGACCCGCUGAUCGUGCCCUGCUGGAACUACCUCAACUCGCCCACGGAGACCUCCGUUCGCAUUGACCUCUACUCCUUCAACUACGAGGCGCUGAACGGGUGCCGCACCUCGGUGAUGCUGCACAUUGGCACGCGCACAGUGAAGGCCAUUCUCCGUGACGGGCGCGUCAUGAACCUCUCCUUUGAGUCGCAGGAGCUGCGGCACUUUCUGCUGAACCUCAUUGCGCAGCACCAGCUGCUGGCGGUGCAGACGCUGGCGAAGGCCACCGGCUGGCGGGUCAUCUCGCUGACGCCCAACGUGGGCGUGGGCAAGCAGGAGCCGGUGUGCGGCACGGCCACCUCCAUCACCAUCCUCUCCUCGAACGGCAGUCGGAUGUUGUCGGUGAAGAGCGGCCCGCACUCGGGCAUCAAAGUGAAGCUCUCCUCGGCGCCGCAGGAGUUCUUCUUCCAGACGGAGCUGGUGAACAAUCCGCAGUGGGAGCAGCUGAACGGGCCUUUCAAGACGGUCGACUGGCCGCGCAUUCCCGGCAAGACCUUCGUCAACAAGAUGGAGUAUCUGAUGGCCUGUUUGUCCUGUCCGAGCAGCAGCGUCGCGCCGAACAGGGUUUGA